GUUUCGUUUUGUUAAUCGCAGCGCAUUAUUAUUUUCCUUAAAAAAGGAUCCUCGAUCCGGAAAUGCCUUACUCGUAUCUGCACCAUAUCGUUAAGGACACGAAGCGCCGCAUCGAAAACCAAAGCAUUCCGUACGAAGAAGAGUACCGGCUUCAGCUGAAACAUCUCCGAUACAAGGAAAGGGAUAUCAUCAAGGAAACGUUCUUGCAGCAAGAAUGGAACAUCGGUAGUGCUCACGUUCUUGCGAUGUUACAAGAUGCGGGUAUACUAACCGCCAGCGAGUUUAUCCUAAGCUUGGCGUGUGCUGAAUUAACACAGCAAAUUAUGAACGAUCUACUGGAAACCGAGCAUACGCUUCUGGCACAUCUAGUCAAAUUUGCUUUCAAAGACAAUCAUCUUUCACUCACCCUUACGAAAGUGCUGCAGGAAAGCUUCAGUGGGUUGCUAAACGAUUUGAAAGACAAUCCCAACGUAAUUCCAUGCAACUAUCUUAUCGAGCUUAAAGUGCACCUACCAUCUGAGGAGCACGCACUGGUUUGUAACGAACAUUUGCGGCUGCUCUUGACCGACCCGACACAAUCCGGUUCGUUGGACGAAGCGAUUCGGGAGCAGGACCGUUGGCGCAUAGAAAUGGAAGAGGUCAAAGACACCAUUCUCGGCAGUAUACUUCUAGAAAUUUUACCGAACGGUACCUGCUUGUUGACGGUGUUAAAAAAGAUGCUGGAUAGUUGCGGGAUUAUUUCGCUCAAGUAUGCCCUUCAUCUAAUGAGAGCACUUUCGAAACGUGUUGGAGAUGAUAAUGGCUGUGUAAGAGCUAUUAAGGAUUGGAUAAAAACAUUGUUUACCGAAACGGUCGCUACGGGACUGACAAGCAAAAUGCAGGUAAUGUUACUAUUUGCGCGUGAAAUUUGUACGGCAAACCAAAACAUUCUCGGAAGUUAUUCUGCGUGGUACAAGCAAACGAUUGGAGAGAUGAAGUACGGUGGCAUAAAAAAGGAUCAGUUCAUAAGGAUGCUGGAAAUGUUGUCGGCGAUACUACCAUUUGAAACAAGUUUAGAAGUACUGAAGGUUCAAUCAACGAUUGGUAUUUCGGCACCAAUACGAUGUAACGAGUAUGUUCUGAAUUACAAACAAUUAUGUCGUGCCAGGAUAGCUGAAUUGCAUACACUGUACACUCAAGUGGAUGCUAAUGGUAGCAUUAUUAUAGACGAGUGAUUGAGUU